GGAAAAAGAAGAAACGGCGGGUGAGAGAAGAAGAGUCGUAUUUCAAACGUUGACAACAAAAAGGAGUCGUAUUUAAACCAUGAGCCUGAACAGUUUGACCUCUAUGACCAAAAAAAGGAUUUUUUUAAGAGUAUACAUUUCAUUCAUAUUCCUCUUUUUCCAAUCUUACGCCAUUGUGCAGACCGAUCAACCGGACGGUUGGAUCGAGGUUGUAACCAAAAUUAUGUAUCCGAAAGUGAAAGUUGUUGACGAAGUUGGUAAUUGCAAGCAGAAGGGUUCUUGUCUGAACUCGAACUAUCUCCAACCUCGUGCCUCUGAGAAUAAUCAAGAACAAGAGUUGAAAAUAUAUGUGGCUAAGAUUCCUAAGAUUUACAUACCAAGUGUCGUCCUGUCUGAAAGUGAAUCCACAGAGAUUACAAAACAUAUAAGAGGAGCUGAUCUUGAGGUUAAACAAAAAACCAAAGCCAGUCCGAUUUUACGCCCACGCGCUGUUGUAUCAAGUCCCGAUAACGAUGAAAUCAUCGGCAGCAUCAACAGGAUCGAAGAAAGGAAAGCUAAGAAGGGUUUCAAGAGUAAUGGUCACAUCUCAAACAGAGCUUCUCAGCGUAAGAAUAUUGAUACCAAUGUGAAGAUUUCACAUCGUAUAGUCCCUAAGCAAUCUGGAGUCAAACUCUAGAGAUCACAAAUGAUUUUAACUUGUUUUUGUCGUAUGAUUUUAAAGAUUACUUCAUGGUUCCAUCAAUAAGGACCUCAUGAAACCAAACUAUAUCUACUUGGAUGAUGACCACUACUUAUUCAUGUUUUUACAUUUUUACUAUCAGUAGCACACAUUCGUUUCACAUGAUUCUUUACAUAAACUUAGGUUCUGGAUUGUUAAUGCUUAACUACCAAGAAAAAGAAGAACAUCAAACUUUUUAAAGCAAAAAGACCAACCACUUGUUGACAAAAGGAAAAACAAAGGCGCCAUUUAAGCAGCUCUUGCAAGAACUUGAAGAGUUUCAGGAACAUCAGAAGGCUCGAUAAAGAAACUUCUCCUUCUCAAAACCAUCUUUGGUACAAUCACAGUCAACACACCGUCUUCAUAACCAGCUGAAAUUCCGGUUAUAUCUAUCGAUUCCGGUAACCGGAAUUUUCUCUUGAAACUCCUAACCGGUGAAUCCGGCGAUCUCUCCGUCGUCUCUGUUCUUAUGAUUAAGUAUAUCGAAUCUUCGAUCUCCACUUUUAUCUCUUCUUUCCUCAAACCUGGAAGAUCAACAGAGAAAAUGUGAGAAUCUGGAGACUGAGACCAACGAACAUGAUCCUCUUGAGAUAAUUCGUAGCUAUUGAGAGAUUGAGAAGUUAUAACAUAUUCCCAUGGUGUCGGUUGAAUUGUCUGAAAAUCCAUUUUCUUUUUGGUGUAUCUUUUUUUUAAUUUUUCUUGUGGAUUGUUAUAUUUUCGAUUAUUGGUUCCUUAUUUAUAAUAAAUAGAUGCAACCAACUUGAACAAUUUGAGCAAGUUGUUGUCUAACAUUUAAAAGUUGAUAAUAAAUGAAACAAAAUAAAAAUAAUUCUAAA